AUGCCUCAACUAAACCCAAAUCCCUGAUUUUUUAUCAUGCUCUCCUCAUGACUCACUUUCUCCCUAAUCAUCCAACCUAAGCUCCUGUCAUUCGUAUCGAUAAACCCCCCAUCCCACAAAUCCACCACCAUCCCAAACACCACCCCCUGAGCCUGACCAUGAACCUAA